UCUGAAUUGGUUUAAACCAAAGUAGCUUCUAUGAAACAUAGACGAUUUCUUUGUAAUAUUGCCAAAUUGGCCUAAUAUGGAUCUACAUAUUAAUCUAUAAUUGUAAACAAAUGCGUUAUUUUAAGUUCAAUCGAGGUGACAUUAAGAUGUAUACUAAUUUGAAGGUAAUAUACCUCUCCUUUGCAAUUGCAUUUCUAUGGGAAAUAGCGAAUGCAAAGUCAACUAGAACCUGUUGGGGAAAAAAGAGGACGUUAAAAGAAAUCGAGUGCCAAAAGGGACACGCAAUACGUAUCAUUGAGGCAUUUGCUCAUCUCGACGCCAAGUCUAGGAAUCGAACGUGUGACCUACCUUCCUAUAAUCAGACAACAUGCACACAAUAUGAUAUAACACAAGAUGUCGUCGAUACAUUGCAAGGCUGGACAAAUAAUUUCUGGACCAUUCUUAAGAUAAACUUAGAUACAUGUUGUAGUCCUCUACGAUGUCAAACAAUUAAUUAUGAGUGUAUUCCAGCAAAGUGUCCCCAACUUUAUCCUCCUCAAGACGGACAAAUACAGCCAUCUAACUCCACGCGUGAUGUAGGAUCUAAAGUAACGUAUUCCUGUAGUACGGGUUAUAGAAUAUCGAACGUUUGGCCUCCUUCGCGUUCAUGUAAACUCGUGACAUCAAGAUUACCGAGCAAUGGACGGCUACAGGUUUCUAAGUACGAUUGGAAUAGAAGAAACCCAAGAUGUGAUUUAGAUCCGAAGGCGUGUAAUAUGUCAGUAAGGCCAUUGUAUUCGCUUGGCCAUCUGUGCUUUGAAGACCAUUUUAAUAAGGCAGAUUUAAAGUCAUCUAGCGAAUCAAAUGCCUUUUGCACAUCGAAGGGUUCUUCACUUCUCCUGUUGUCAAAUGAAGAUGUACGGUCGUUGCUAUUUGAGAUCGUACGAAAAGCAACUUCCCUUUAUGGAAAUGGUUCUACAGACAGCUACUGGAUCAGGGGAAACAAGAACUUUCUACCAGACUAUUCUAAAAAGAUGUGCUAUUACGUAAAGGUCAUUGAUUUGUCGAGUGUAAUAGCAGACGUUGCCCAAGAUACAAUUGAGUACAUAAACGAUGGUAUAGCUGUUUAUGGAACAAAAGUAUGCUCCACAAAACGGGGAUUUCUAUGUCAAUAUGAGCCCUAUAAGGCAGAUAAAUGUGAAUCCAUUAUUGAUGCUCCAAACAAUGGAUGGGUGCAUUUGACCGAUGGAAAAAUUGGCACAGUUGCGAAAUAUGGAUGUAAUGUAGGUUUUGCACUGGGAAAUCGCGCAAAUGCAGAGAGGCAAUGUCUUCCAAGCGGUUUGUGGGAUGGGACUACCCCCACAUGUGAACUGGUAGACUGUGGUCCUCCACCCAUGGGAACAGGAAUGGCCAACAUAUUUGGAUUGGAGGACACUAAAUAUGGCUCUGUUGUCGAAUAUGCAUGUCAGAGCGGAUUCAGUCUACAGACCACAGACGGGGACAACACAAGGGAGUGCCUUGCAAAUGGACAUUGGUCAGAUGAGACUAUUUGGUGCACCCAAGUUUCUGAUCGAACCAAUAACACCGCUACCAGUCUACCUGUUCAAGUUUCUGAUCCAACUAAGAACCCCGCUAACAGUCUACCUGUACGAUCCCAACCUAAUGUACGUUUCGAUGGUGCAAGUAUUGGAAUAGGGAUCGCCGUAGGAGUGCUUGCUGUAGGUCUAGUCGUUGCUGUCGUACUCAUAUACAGACGAUAUUCUUCAAUGAAACCGACAGGUGUGUCACGAAGCGGAAACCCUGUUAUCAUAGACCCAAUAUCCAAUCCAGUAUUUGACAAUUUAGAACGUAUAGAAAAAGAUGGAGAACAGGCAGUUUCAGAUAGGCCAACAAACCAUUAUGCAACCCCCAUAGUGAACCCAGAUAAAAAGGGGAGUGCCGCGUAGAUUUCUAAAUGACCUGUGCGAAAGAUAAUAAGAUAAUAAGUACUCACAUCCAGUGAAAAACCUCUUACUUACCCACAAGAGCAGCAAAAAUGAAAGUCUCGCAAUCUCUGCAGUAAAAAUGGAAAGACUCUAUUAUGGCAAUACCUAUAUCAACAUGAAUCAUGUUUAAAAUUUGUCUAAUGAUAAUGCGAUCAAAUGAACAAGAAGGUGGAGACAUGAGUUAAAGUUUCGAAACAAAUAUCGCAUUUUACAUUAAUUCAGGAAAUGAACAUUCUGAUACUCAUAGCAUCUU